AUGGGCAAGUCCCAAGAACCGAAGAAAUCGAACGAUAUCGACGACAUCUUUGCCAAGAAGGCCUCAAAGCCUACUGAGACAGCUGCACAAGAUGACACCAAGAGCUCGACUAGCAAACUGAAAUCUGCAAAACAGGGCAAAAAUCAUACCGCAGCUGAUGUGAGAGAUGCAUCCGUCAAGAAGCCAAGCAAAAAACCUACUGGAAGCUCGAUACCAAAGGCGCUCCCAUCAGAUGAUUCCUUAUUCACCGAUCUGAAGGGAUCAAAGAAGCGGAAAACUACAGAAGAAGGCUUCAAAAUCUACGACGACGAAGAGCUACGGAUAGAUCCAAAUGCUGGCAGCACAGACGACUGUCCCUUCGACUGCCAAUGCUGCUUCUAA